AUGAUAGGAUUUGUAAAUAUUUUGCUCACUGCCACUUUUGGGCCUGAUCUCCUGUUGGCCCGCCGCUACACGGUUUCGGUGGAACGGGGUCGAGGCGUUUGCGAACUGCCCGUUGUUUCUGGAAAUUGCUCAAAAGAAUUCCCCAGGUAUUACUAUGAUCAUGCUAGCAAAAACUGCCAUCGCUUUAUAUAUACGUAAGUUGGGUUUUGAAUAUAUGUUAUACGUUGAUUGUAAUAAGUAGAUUAUUAAGUUUUUCAUUGAAAAAAUGUUGUUUUAGAGGCUGUGGAGGCAACGGAAAUAGAUUUGUGUCCGCCGAACAUUGUCGCCAACGAUGUUCGUCUGAUUGGAAACCUAGUAAAACAAAGAUUAAAGCACAGUUUAGAGGUAAGACAAUUUAAAGGUAUUUAAGACUAAAAAAAUUUUUUUUAUGUAUUUGACUCGUAUUUUACAUUUAAAAAAAUUUUUCUAAUUGCAAAAAAUUAAAGCCUUGUUUAGAUCCCACAAUAACCCCAACAAAUCAAACAAUUUGCUCAAGAUGUCACGAAAGGAAUGGAAUUUGCCUGAAUGGCCAAUGUCAAUGUAGACGAGGAUUUGAAAUGGUCAAGGAUGUUUGUCAAGGUAAAACAUUAAAUUUUUAUAUUAAACCAAAAGUAGCGGGAUACUUUUCAGCCGUAAAAUAAAUAUGUAGGGUCCCGCUACUUUUGGUUCGACUUUAUAGUAACUCUCUGUAGUUAUAACUGUAGCUUUAGUUGUAUAUAUUAGGUGGCGACAUAAAGAACCCGCCAUUUUUUACAAGAAAUUACGGAUAAAGUAUGGCGGGUUCUUUAUGUCGGCAUCUAAUAGAUACUUUUUUUGAUUUUUUUUGUAUAUGACAAAUUUGAUUUGACAUUAAAUUUUAAAUUUUUAGAUACAAACGAAUGUUUAUGGGUGAAAUGUCCGCCAUCUUCGGUUUGUGUCAAUACUGAUGGUUCAUUUCACUGCGAAUGUCCUAUUGGAUUUGCCGGUACUUCACUCAAUUGCACUAAACAUAAAGGUAAAAUAUUUUGGCUAUUAUUAGGUACUGGCAUAAAGAACCCGCCAUACUUUGCCUGUAAUUUCCUGUAAAAACUGGCGGGUUCUUUACGUCGGCACCUAAAAUUUUUUUACAACCAAUUGUACUGAAACAAAGAUCAACUGGUCUAUUUCGACUUACAUGACUUUUAAAGUUUAUAAAUAAAAAUAAUGAUACAACAUAUUGUAGAUGUAUGUGGCCAAGCAUUUGACCGCCGCUACGAAGAUCGUUGUGGUUUUAAAACCGAAGCAUGGGGAUUGAGGUACUAUUUUGAUUACAAACAGAAUGUUUGCAAGCAAUUUUGGUACGGUGGCUGUGAAUUCGCUGAAAGCGGAAACUUUUUUAAGGACAUACAGGUAGGUUUAUAUAUACAUACAUAUAUAUAUAUUAACCUUGUUAUGUUUUAUAAUAAAAAACGACUGGACCUGAUCAUUGGUGCUGUAAGUUUAUAUGAUAACAUUUAGACGUGUCAAACGCUUUGUGCAGACUACAAUGUCAUAGAAACGACGACCAGAGCGUACCGUGAUACGACAACUGCCAUGCCGCUACCAGGUAUGUACGGUCAGAGUGUUAUGUACAAACUGAACGAUAACUUCUAUGUAAAAUACUACAAAAAAUAGUAACAAAUUCAAAUUUAAAUUUAAAAAAUUAUUAUUCUAGAAGUCUGCCUUGAUCAAUUUGAAGAACGUCGCCGGAACCCGUGCAAAAACGGCGAUUGGACUCAACGUUAUUACUAUGAUCAUCAUAGUAAAAAAUGUCAAAUGUUUUGGUUUGAUGCUUCAUGCACUUAUCAACGGUAUGCUUCUAGAAACGUGUUUAUUUUGAAAUCAACGUGCCAACGAGCGUGCGAAGGCGUGAAUCCAGACGACCCGGACAAUUUGCGGGCUUUUGAGUACAAACUGGUUACUCCGUAAGUAUUUUUCGUAUGUUAUAUUACUUAUGGAUUAUUAUUAGAUACAGGCUCAGUAGGCUUAGUUCUAGCCUGGGGCUUAAGCUUAGGCUUAGGCGUAGGCUUAGGCUUAGAUUUUUGGCUUAGACUUAGGCUCAGGCUUAGGCUUAGGCUUAGGCUUAGGCUUAGGCUUAGACUAAGGCUAAUGCUAAGGCUAAGGCUAAGGCUAAGGCUAAGGCUAAGGCUAAGGCUAAGGCUCAGGCUCAGGCUCAGGCUCAGGCUCAGGCUUUAGCUUAAGCGUAAGCUUAGAUUUAGGCUUAGAAGUUAGAACUUUAUCGAAAAAAAAUUAAUAAAGUAAGUAUUUCCAACCAAUAUUAAAAAAGUUUUUAGAGCAACGGUGUCCUUCCAAGCCUAUACACCACUACCACAUAAAUACAACUGGCCUAUCCCGACUUACAUGGCAGAUCCAGACCGCAAUCUACCAGAUAUAUAUCACAGAUCCAAGUCAGUUGGAGUGAUACAAGCCCACUUUUCCUUGAUGACUACAGCCGUACCACCAACUUCUCAUUAUCAAGAAAUACUUGAUGGCAAAGAUGACAUUGAAAUAGAUGGAUUUGAGAGUGGAUUCGGGGAUUUCGGCAUGAUGGAAAAGAAAAUUGUGGCUACGGUAAGAAUAUUCCCUCUCUAAACUAGCCUUAUAUUUAAAGUUAUUAGAUACUAUACUUUUCGAAAACUAUAUAUUGGCUUGUAAUAUUUAAUUUUCAGCCCUCACCAUCAUUGUCAAUAUCAUCAGAUUGUCUUCAACCGUUUGAUACCAAUUUAACACGGUCAUGUUCAAGUGGUAAUCAACCAUGGCGGCCAAAGUAUUACUACAACACUCAAAAACGACAAUGUGUUAUGUAUUGGAACGACGGAUGCAUGAGUAAAGCUAAAAACAACUUUGAAGACUUGACAACGUGCCAAUGGAUGUGCGAGGGAGCUAGCUUAAAGCCUGAGGCUGGUAAGGAAGUUUGAAAUUUAAAAAUUUUAAAUUUUUAAAAAUUUUAAAAAAUUUUAAAACUUGGGAAGUUUUAUACAAAACCUAAUGUUAUGGUACAUAUUAUAGAUGUUAAAUCAGCUAUUAGCUAAACCACUUUUAGAGCACUGCUUGGACACAUUUGACAAAGCGUAUAUGGACAAUUGUGACAAUUCUCAUUAUCGUAUUAAGUACUAUUUUAACCAUCAUAGUAAACAAUGUGAACUGUUCUACUACGGUGGUUGUCGAUCACAAUCUCGAAACAUAUUCGACAGCUACAAGGAUUGUCAAGAUCUUUGUCAUACUCCCACAAGGCUUACUGGAGGUGGGUUGGUAUUACUUUUAUAUAAAAGCCUAUACUUAUAUAUUAUAUUUAUAUGUGUACUAAUAAGCACUUGCUAUUUUAAGUGUUAAAUCCUCUAUUGUUUAGGACUAACCUAACAGUACGUUAUAAUUCUUUCAGAUGUCUGUGAACAGCCGUUUGACCCAGUAUAUCGUGAUUCAUGUACUCGAAACGGUUCAUACGCUCAAUACUACUUCUAUGAACAAUAUUCUCAGAGUUGUAAGAUGUUUUGGUAUGGGAAUUGUAAAGGAAAGAGUCAGAACAUCUUUUCAAAUUUGGAAACAUGCAAAUGGCUUUGUGAAAAGAAGACUGAACAAAAAGUUGCUGGUAUGUUAUGGGUAUUAACAUAUGGGUAUGGUAGAGUAAACUAAGGCGUGGUACGGUACGGUAGGUUGGGGUAACAUAGGGUAGGGUGGGGUAGGGUAGGGUAGUGUGAGGACGGUACAGUACGGUACAAUACGGUAGCGUAGAGUAGGGUUGACUAAGUUUGGUUUUUACAAGGGGUACUUUCUACUUUUUAGGUAACAAUUUGUAAAAUUUUAGCCAACUGUCUGGACAGAUUCGAUGACAGUUACAAAAAGGCAUGUAACAAUGGAGUGUGGACUAAAAGAUGGUAUUUUGACCACAAAACUGGCUCUUGUCAUGAAUUUUGGUAUGAUGGUUGCGUUGGAAAGUCACAAAACAUUUUUGUUGAUCAAGAAACUUGCACUAGUCUUUGUGAAGCUCCUGGUAAGCUUUUUUUUCUAAAAUUAAUGUUCAUAUAAUACAAGAGGGGGGGGGUGCAGGUAGAAUUUUGCACUUUUUUAAAAGUUUUCUUUACCAAAAGUUUUAGCCUUACCAACACAAGGAAAUGAAAUAGCGAUAGCUGAGAAAGUAAACGAAGAAAAAGAAGCUGAAAGAUGUUUGGAGCCGUUGAUAGUUGGAUCAUGUAGUAAUCGACUACCCGCUUACUAUUACAAUCAAGAAGCCAGAAGGUGUGAGCCGUUCAUGUAUUCAGGUUGUGAUGGAAACGGCAAUCGAUUUUUGACUUUACAGCAAUGUAAAAAGAGCUGUGAUAGGUUUCAUAGUGUUAAAUGUAAGGUUUUGACGAAUAAUGUAUUCUAAAAUAUUUUAGAUUGCUUUUUAGGUGUUUUUUAUAUGUAAUAAUACUUUAUAUUGCAGUAAUUGCUAAGUCAUAGCUUCUGAAAUAUAAAAAAUAAUGUUUUAGCUGAAGAAACAGCAUGUUUUCAUCCACUGAACGCUGGCUAUGGCCGACAUAACAAGACUUGUAUUAGAAAGGCUGGGUUCCGGUUUUACUACAAUCCUCAAUAUCGUAAGAUUUUAAAAUUAAAAAAUUUUUAAUUUUUAGUUUUGUCAAACUUUUCAAAAUUUUAAAUUUAAAAAAAUUUCAAAUAAUUUUUGUAACAGAACUUUUUGCGCACUUUGUAAUAAAGUUUAAAUUUAAAAAAAUUUUAGGUAACAAAUAUAAAAAAUGCAUUUUUAGAACGUUGUGGUCGCUUUUGGUACUUUGGCUGUGGUGGAAACGAAAAUCGCUUCAAAACAUACGAAAAAUGCGAGAAUACAUGCUCUGUAAACAGUCUAAUAUCCGCGGAUAAUAAGCCAAUAUCUGCUUGUUUUGAACCGAUUGAGGUUGGCAAUUGUCCGGAUUCAAGCGAUGUCUUCAAAAUUAAAAAGUUUGCAUACGUACCUGAUAAGGGAACUUGUGUACAGUUUAACUAUGCUAGUUGUAAUGGAAAUGACAACAAUUUUGAUACACAAGAGGAAUGUGUAGCUCAUUGUAAUGCUGUUCAACCGGCUAAGUCACGUAGGUUUUUUAAAAGUCGGCGUGGGGUAGGGUAGGGUAUGUUAUAUUACCGUAGGGCAUUUUAUUGCACGAUUUUUUCAAUUAUGUUGUAUUAGCUCAAUGCCAUUUUUUAAUUAUGUUGUUUCAGCUCAAUGCCAAUAUCAACCAGACUGGGGACCGUGUAACAUGCUACGCCAACAAUGGUUCUAUAAUGUCACUUCAGGCACUUGUGCUCAAUUUUUAUGGGGUGGUUGCGGUGGAAACACAAAUCGAUUUGAAACUUUUGAAGAAUGUCAGCGUGUUUGUGAAAUCCCAGGUGGAGGUAGGGACUAUAUAUUCAAUAAUAUAAUUUAAAAUGUUGAAGUAAAUAUCGAAAAAAGUUAUGAAAAAGUUGUAAAACGCCAUUUUCAGCCCCACCGCCAAAAAAAGAUCCUUGUAUCGAGAAGCUAGAUAGAGGAAAAUGGUGUGAGCCAAUGUCCAAUCGAUAUUAUUAUCACCAGAAAUCAGGGACUUGUAAAGGUUUUCAUUACACUGGAUGUGGCAAAAGUAACAACAACUUUAUUGAGCUUGAAGACUGUCAACGGAUAUGUGUUCGAAGAGAAGAUGACAACACGCAAAUCCAAAGUUACACGCUGGCUGAUGGGCAAACUUGUAGGUUUUAUAAUUUAUAGCAACAUAAGUUGGAAGAUAUUAAAAUUUUUUUUAAUUUUAAGGGGGGGGGGGUCUGUGGAAGUUUUUUUUAAAUUUAGCAUGGAAUCACGCCCAACUUAAAAAAAGUUUGUGGGGAUUUCCCCUAUUGCUCGAUCAUUGAAAAAAAGUUUUAAAAAUAAUGUCACAUCUUCAGAUCGCGGAGUAAAACCGUCAGAAAUGCCCCACCCAGAUCAACAUAUUGUACUGAACGAAGGAGUGAAACGAUACAUGAAGACAAGUGGAGACUGGAUCGACUAUGGCCAUUGCGUAGGAUUUAGGUACAACAUAUCUGGAGAAUACACAAGAUUGAAUACCUAUUUGUGUUUAAUGGAGUCUGGAGGGUCUUGUGAAGUUAAGGUAGGUUGUAAACUGAUCUUUUACAUCUUGACAUGAUUUGUUGUUAUAAAACAACAAAAAUAGGUCUUCCAUAUAUAGAAAGUUAAUAUUUGUUGUAAAAAUUUAAAAAAAAUUAAAAAGUUGAUUUCCAGCGUUAUCACAGCACAGAAGGUGAAGAACACUGUCGUGUGUUACGGCCAUGGUUAAAAGGUUCUCAUUUUUACACCUGGUUCUUUACUGUCGACCGAAAACCAUGGAAAUGGUCGCCACGCACACGACGACGACAAUCAGCUCAAAAUACGAUAGCGUCGUUGAUUGUGUUGCCGGUUAAUGAUUGUCAUAGCGCUUGCUGA